AUGGCCGACCGCAACCUCCAACAGAUCAUCUCCCAGCUCCGCUCUCGCGGCUCCUCGCUCCCCUUUGCCGAGUCCUCUUCUCUUCUCUCCAAGGCAAAGCUUCACCUUCUCCAGCUCAACGCCCUGACCCCGAAUCCCCAAACCUCGUCAGACCUCCUCGCCCUCGCUCGCGAAACCUACGAGCUGGGCGCCCUCGCCUCUAUCCGCGCCAAGAACCCGGAUGCCUUCACUCGCUACGUCCAGCAGUUGCAGCCUUUCUACGAACUCCCGUCAAAUGUCUUGCCUCCCAACGUCGCCGAACGCAACAAGGUCACCGGCCUCUACCUGCUGCUGCUCCUCACCCAGGGCCGCUAUGCCGAGUUCCAUUCCGAGCUUGAGAGUCUGGCCAACCGUGAGGGUGGUGGCGACAGCGGUGCCGUUGAGAGUGACAAAUACCUCGGAUACCCCAUUCGCCUGGAAAGAUGGUUGAUGGAGGGAAGCUAUGACCGUGUGUGGAACGCUAUGAAGAGCCGCGAGGUGCCGUGCGAGGAAUACGGAGUCUUCUCAGAGAUUCUCACUUUCCAGGUCCGUUCUGAAAUCGCCUCGAGCAGCGAGCGCGCCUACCCCAGCUUGCCCAUCAGCUCCGCCAAGUCCCUUCUCUUCCUUGACUCCGAGGGCGAUGUCAUCUCCUUCGCCCAGCAGCGCGGCUGGAUUCUCAAGGACGGACAAAUCUUCUUCCCUGACUCCGCCGAGGCCGCCGAGGACGGUACUCAAGAGAAAGAGAUGAGCCAGAUGGUGAUAGAGAACACACUGGGCUACGCCAGAGAGCUGGAGACCAUCGUGUAA